AAAUGAAUAGUUUGUGUUAGUACCCGUGUGUAGUUUAUGAGAUAGUACAUUCGUUCUUAACGUCAGCUUGACUUACAGUCAACGUUCAUGAAUAGAUCAUGGAAGUAGGAUAUGUUUGCGAGUGGGAGAAGCGACCAAAGAGCAACCAUUGCCCCACAACUCCGCUGGUUUGUGCAUGGUCAUGUAGAAACCUCAUCGCAUUUACCACCGACCUGAAAAAUGAGGAGGAGGAAAAAGCAGCAUCAGCAGUGCCUAUUACAGAUCUCAGUCGUAUGGUUCAUAUCAUCGAUACGGAGCAUCCAUGGGACGUGACCUCCAUCAACUCCGGUCACUCAGAGGUGAUCAGUUGCCUGGAGUGGGACCAGUCUGGGUCUCGGCUGCUGUCGGCGGACGGCGACGGGCAGAUUAAGUGCUGGGCCAUGACGGAGCACCUGGUGAACAGCUGGGAGUGCACACACACCAGCAACAUGGACCGGGACCCCAUCGUCGCCCUCUCCUGGCUGCACAACGGAGUCAAGCUGGCCCUCCAUGUGGAGAAGUCUGGCUCCACCAACUUCGGUGAGAAGUUCUCCCGUGUGAAGUUCUCCCCGUCGCUGACCCUGUUCGGGGGGAAGCCGAUGGAGGGUUGGCUGGCGGUGACGGUGAGCGGGCUGGUGACGGUGUCUCUGCUGAAGCCCAAUGGCGCCCUGCUCAACGCCAGCGAGACCCUGUGCCGGCUGCGGGGCCGCGUGGCGCUGGCGGACAUCGCCUUCACCGGCGGCGGGAACAUCGUGGUGGCGGCCACGGACGGUAGCAGCUCCUCACCCGUGCAGUUCUACAAGGUGUGCGUGAGCGUGGUGAAUGAGAAGUGUCGUAUCGACACGGAGCUCCUGCCCUCCCUCUUCAUGCGCUACACCACCGACCCCGUGCGGAGGGACAAGUACCCCGCCGUCACGCACCUCAAGUUCCUCACGCGAGAGAACUCCGAACAGGUGCUGCUGUGUGCCUCCAGUCAGAUGGGCAGUAUAGUGGAGUGCUGGUCCCUGAGGAAAGAGGGCCUCCCGGUCAACAACAUCUUCCAUCAGCGCUCGCCAGCCGUGGGUGAGAAGCAGCCGAUGAUCCUGAAGUGGCGUAUCCUGUCGGCCACUAACGACCUGGACCGCGUGUCUGCCGUGGCCCUGCCAAAACUGCCCAUCUCCAUCUCCAACACGGACCUCAAGGUGGCCUCCGACACCAAGUUCUGCCCUGGCCUGGGCCUGGCUUUGGCGUUCCACGACGGCAGCAUUCACGUGCUGCACCGGCUGUCUCUGCACACCAUGGGCGUGUACUACGGCUCCUCAUCGGGGUCGUCGCAGCGCGGCGGAGAGGAGCCGGCCAUCAAGAGGCAGCGCGCCGGCGGCCCCACCGUCCACUUCAAGGCCCUGCAGUUCUCCUGGACCUCCCUGGCCCUGGUGGGGGUGGACAACCACGGCAAGCUCCACAUGAUCCGCGUGUCGCCCUCUAUGGGCCAGAUGUUGGACAUGAACACUCUCCUGCGCCACCUGCUGUUCCUGCUGGAGUACUGCAUGGUGACGGGCUACGACUGGUGGGACGUGCUGCUGCAUGUACAGCCGGGGAUGGUGCACAACCUGGUGGAGAGGCUGCACGAGGAGUACAUGAGGCAGAACCAGGCCCUGCAACAGGUGCUGUCUACGCGGAUCGUGGCGGUGAAGGCGUCUCUGUGCAAGUUGUCAUCGGCGACGGCGGCGCGUGCGUGCGAUUUCCACGCCAAGCUCUUCCUGAUCGCCAUCAGCUCCACCCUCAAAUCGCUGCUGCGGCCGCACGUGCUCAGUACGCCCGACAAGAGCCCCGGCGACCGCCUGGCCGAGAUAUGCACCAAGAACACAGACACUGACAUAGAUAAGGUGAUGAUCAACCUGAAGACGGAGGAGUUUGUUCUGGACGGGCCUCCUCUGCAGUCCCUUCAGCAGCUCAUCCAGUGGGUCGGGGACUUCGUACUCUACCUGAUGGCAAACCUACCCAACCAGGGUUCGGUGGUGUGUCCCGGGUUCGGGUUCCUGCGUGACGGCUCGUCGCUGGGCAUGCUGCGGGAGAUGAUGGUGAUGAUCCGGAUCUGGGGGCUGCUGAAGCCCGGCUGUCUCCCCUCCUACACCGCCACCUCCGACAACCAAGACAGCAUGUCCCUCCUCUUCAGACUCCUCACCAAGCUCUGGCUCUGCUCCCGUGACGAGGGUCAUCCUCAGGAGCCUGACGAGUCCCUGAUAGAUGAGUGUUGCCUGCUGCCCAGUCAGCUGCUGGUGCCCUCCAUGGACUGGCUGCCCGUCAACGAUGGCGUCAUCACCAAGAUGCAGAACAAGCAGGCGCUCAGGCUGCAGUUUGGCAAACCCUACACGCUGCCCAGCCUCAACGCCAACACACAGGUGGACAUCUUCUCCAGGAGUCCCGGAUCUCAGCGCAUGGACAACCUCCGCUGUCUCCACAUGGGCGUUUAUCCAACAGAGGACAGCAAAGCCUGCACCAGGUGUGGCUGUGUGACCAUGUUGCGCUCCCCCAAUAAGACCAACGCCAUGAAACAGUGGGAACAGCGCUGGAUAAAGAACUGCCUGUGUGGGGGCCUGUGGAGGAGAACACCCCCCACACUGUCCUGAGGAGGAGGAGGAGGAGGAGCAGGAUAAAGAACUGCCUAUGUGGGGGGCUGUGGAGGAGGACACCCCCUACCGUCUCAUGAAGAGAGGGGGAGGAGGAGGAGGAGGGGACACCCCCCACCCUGUCCUGAUGAGGAGGAGGAGGAGGAGGAGACACCCCCCACCUUGUCAUGAGGAGGAGGAGGAGGGAAGAAGAGGAUAAAGAACUGUCUGUGUGGGGACCUGUGGAGGAGAACACCCGCUACCCUGUCCUGAUGAGGAGGUGGAGGAGGAGGAGGAGGAGGAGGAGGACAGUAUGUGUCUCAACACAUGGACAGGCUCCCACCUGUUCUUUCUACAAGCUUGUCUUCAACGCGGGGCCACUGUGAACCACACCUGUCCUGAAACUCUCACACCUGUCAGAUAAUCUCACACCUGUCAUCGCCUCAUCAGCAGGUGACAUCAAGGGGACUUCUUCUGCUACAGCAGCCUGCAGGAGCUGCUGUGCUGUUUCAGUUCGACCUAUUUUAACACCUCAGGAAGCUCUUAGUCUACACAUACAAGUUUCACAGUGCGUCUCGCAAAAUGUCAGGGGAGCACCACGCUACCAUUUACAGUCUAUUAUUAAAACCAACCAACAUAUCAAUCACACCGUGUCUUGUUCGCUCAAGUCCCGUUGUCAGAUUUCCUUUUUUUUUAUUCACAGAGACUCUUUUCUUGAUAAUGUAAAUAUUGAUAUUUUUUCAAGCGUUAAUAAUGUAGCCCCCAGUCUGUCUGUCUGUUUUUGUACUGAAAGCCCGAAUGAGUGAAUAGCGAUUCGUAUGUUGUGAGUUUAUUUGAUCCAACGUAAUUUGAUUUUAUUGUAGUUGCGAUGAACAGCCACAAGGGGGUGCUCCAUCUCAUGUUAGAGAGCCAUCAGUCACAGUUGGAGGAUUUUCCCUUGGUGUCUGGUCACAGCAUGGGUGAAUUGUGAGGCUGCAUAAUAAAAUAAAGAUGGGAUUUGUAUGAA